AUGAAGUUCCUCAAGGUCGGCCGAGUCGCCAUCAUCACCCGCGGCAGAUACGCCGGAAAGAAGGUUGUCAUCAUCCAGCCCGUUGACAAUGGCAACAAGCCUCACCCUUUCGGCCACGCCCUGGUUGCCGGCAUUGAGCGAUACCCCUCCAAGAUCACCCGCCGCAUGUCCAAGACCCGUCAGGAGAAGCGAAACAAGAUCAAGCCUUUCAUCAAGGUCAUCAACUACAACCACUUGAUGCCCACUCGCUACACCCUGGAGCUCGAGGGCCUCAAGGGCGCCGUCUCCAACGACACCUUCAAGGAGGUUUCCCAGCGCGAGGAUGCCAAGAAGACUGUCAAGAAGGUGCUCGAGGAGCGAUACACCAGCGGCAAGAACCGAUGGUUCUUCACCCCUCUCAAGCUGCACGAAAAUCCGCCGAGUGCUCUUGGCAUUUACAUGAAUUAG